AUGGCUGUGGAAAGCAUGACUGUCCAUCCAAACUCCCCAACAACAACCAACCACGAACACAGUCUUCUCACUGACGAAAGGUCGAGUAAUUCUACAAUCAUAUUUCUAUCAAACUAUUUAUUUGUCCUGUGCUUUUUAGGCAUAAAAAGCCCGGGUUUCUUUUUCCUUUUUUUCUUUCAAAGGGAUUAAAGUCGCCUUUUUCUGGGGAACAAGUACAGAGGUAACGAACGCCAUUUUGAAACGUUGCUCAGCGCAAACUGGAAGGUCAAAUAUGAACCUGGGAUCUGUUCAGUUUGAAUAAGUAUUUCAAGAAGUUAUUUUAUGAAGAAAAACCAUCAGUUCAAAUAACUGAUCCAGCAAAGUUGCAUCCCUAUCAAAGUAAAGACCGAAUGAAGAAAAAUAGGAUAUUUUGCUUGCUAAUUGUCCACCAUUAAAUUAACUAGCUGAAAUUAAUUAAUUUCUGAAUAGAUGUCCAAUUAUCUAGAUGUCCAAAACGUGUUUGAACACAAAAGCUUUGCAAAAUUGCAUUGCAAAGAAAGGCCUAGUUAAGGUUCCAACUCGCUAGCUAGCUGGCUGCCCUCCGUGGAAAAAAAGGCAGUUUGCAAAUUAUCAGCCAAGCCAACAAUAGGGCGAAUUUAAUCAGUUUCCUAAUUAAUCAUUCCAUUCUAGGUAUUUCAGGUCAGAAACUACUUGAUUGUAAUUUAUUUGAUUAAUAACCAGUUGUUGGACAUAGUAUGUAUUUCCUUUAUUAGCACUCCAGCUAAGUAACGACGCUAGCUAACUACGCAGUUUCUUUUUUUUGAUAGCUAUCUUGCCAGACCAAUCUAGCCAGACUAACUAGUAAGCCAAGGCCGCCAUUGUGCCUUCCUUUGUAUCAACUAGUUAGUUGUGUUGAAAACAUUUUUGUCAUUGGAAUUGAUGCAGAUGGUCACUUGUCAUUCAAUAGAACGAGCCCUCUUGAAUCGGCGAAUACAAUUAAUUGGUUCGAUUAGCUAACUAUGAAGUUCACUAUUGGUCCACAGGCUAACGUUAACUAAGCCAACUAGCUAGGUGUUGAUAGAACAUUUAAUCACUAACAAUUAACAAAUUGAUACAAUUCCAAGGCGUGAAGUUGAUCAUACUAACUAGUCAGCAACAAUGUAACAAAAGUGAUUGCACAAUUAUUUUAGCUUUCUCAUUUCCCCAUGAAAUGUUUGUGCCACCCAUAAUAAAAAUAAUAAAAUAAUAAUAAUUACUAGAUCUGUACAUUAAUGUAUUUUCUAACAUUUUCUUCCAUGUACGUUCAGGAAAAUUGCCUAAUUUUGUGCCCGUAUAAAGUUUCUCGCUUCUCUCUUCUCAGGACAGACUGCUAUUUUACUUUAGAUUGUUGUCCCAAACACCCACCAAAUCCCAGAACUGUGUUGAAUGUUUGCAAAGCAUUUCAGAUGUCUAAAAGGUGAAGUAAAACACAAAUGUUCCGUAUUUAGUUGCCUGAUUGCCCUGUCUGUCUUCAGCAUUCCCCCCAACAACACAAGUUAUACCAUUCCACAAACCCUAAUAAUAAAGUGGGGAGACCACUAUUAUGUUACCAAAACAAUUUUGGGAAAAAUGGUCAUACCAGUGCUUUUGAGUGCAGAAUGUGAAGAAAACCUCUCACAGUAAGUACUUCCCAUCAUUUUGAUAAAGGCCCAUUGUUUGUAGAUUAAUUGAUUAUUAGGGAACGUUUUGACCUUUUUAAUUAAACUGUAAUCCUGUUGUGGUGAUGCAUGAAUAGUAUUGUAAAAUGUAUUUGUAAUCGAAAACGUGAGUUUACAUUAGUGAUCGUACCUAGUACUUUCCGCAUUAACUCAGUUUAUGCUCUUGGAACCACAUAGGGUGUGUCCAGUGCACGCACACAACUUUAUAGCAACAGUAAAGGUUGUCUUGUUUGAAGUGCGUUUAUCCAAGCCUAUCCUUGAUACAUUUUUAUUAGGCUAUAUAUUUGGAUCCAAGUGUAACUUUUUUUCUGUGCAUAGUUCCUUGCCAUUGUUCCUUGGCGUAGAGUAGACUAGAGCCCUAUCUAAUUGUCAGUAGUGAGUGCUAUCAUUUCCUGACUCGUCUGUUGUUAUUGGAGUGAUUCAUAAUUUUUUUGCAAAAUCGUUGUGAUGUAGGCUAAAACCCAGAGGGGGCUGUUGACAGGUGCGUUGCAUUUGCCAUGUCACACAUUUGUCAGGAAAUCUAACCAGCCUGACUCAUUUUCAUAUACAACCCUUUAUUACUGUAAUGUUAAUAAACCAAAACCCCUGUAACCUCAGUUUGAAAUAGGCUACUACAUAAAGAAUGUUGUAAGAGUAAGUUUUAAUUCAGUACAAGACAAGAUAGGUUUGGCCAGACCCUAACAUCUCUUUGCACAGCUAAAUGGUUAGGCAUACUCCCAGCCAAUGGGAGUGGCACACCUCUGUAGAAGUAUAGGUUGGCUUGGCUGGCAUCUGAACUGAGCAAAAUCAUGAUAAAGCGUUUUGCUUGUCCACAGAAUCCUCAAUACUUGUAACUGGCACGCCACUAGGGAAAGGGGCCAGGAGUCAGAGCUGUGUCAGUAGAGCCUUUGUUCUGUGUGUGCCCAUGUCAGUCCAUAGAACCCCCAGCAAUGCAAAGCUCUGCGCUCAUCAAGAAUGGACUCCUUGUGCCUCUUGAAGGACGUGAGGGUUUGUGUGACUGCCAUGACAGAUCUUGAUUUAAGGGUUGGCUGUGCUAAGUUAAAUUAUGUUGACUCCAUUGUUUUAUGCCAGGUUGUAAAACCAUGCCAUUGACAAUGAAGGGGAGAAAAAGAAAAUUAUCAACUUGCAGCUUUAGAUUAAUUUGGUUUAUUUAAGAGUGACUAGAUCUAUAUCUGGUCCCUCUCUGGCUGAGAGUAAACUUAGGAUAACUAAACGUAACGAGGAGCAGGAGACUUUAGUAAGACCCAGAAACCCUCGGGCCCAAAGGGAAAGUCAUGUCCUACAUAGGAAGAUAGUGUGUUGAGGAUGUGGUGUGGACCGUGUGGUGUGAGUAUAAAGAGAGACAAGUCAACAUUUAUUUGUGUCAAUUGGUCUAUAAGCCUAUGUCCACAGAUUGGGUCUGUAUGCUCAGAGUAUAGUCUAUUCUAUAGCCUACAUCUAACUCCUUGUUUUACUACCCAAACCAUUUCUGUGUACUUUGGCCAAAAGUCAGAAUUGUAAUCCAGUCUGUAUUUGAAUAAUAAAAUAAAGACCUAACCUGUACCAUUUCGAAGUUAGGCUUUACCAGACACUGAAAGCAAGACUGUUACUCAAGCCUGCUCUGAUCAGUGUCAGCAAAUAUCCGUUCACUCUGUAGGCUAGACUCGAUGGCUAAAGUGAGGCUUCAAAUGGACAUGGUGGUCAUAUCCUACUUCUCUCCACCACCACACAUGCCUUAUUGUCACGCCAAUGUAUUUCAGUAAAUCAUAUAAUGGCGUCUCUGUGUGAAACUACACCUUGAAAGCUGGCAGGGGGAAACAUUAUCUGUUUCUGAUUUCUUGUUGUCUUGUGUUCUCUAGCUAUAUUUAGGCCUAGCUAUUCCAGUUGUAAUACAGUUUUGACCAUUGCGGUUUUCUGUGUAACGUUUGAGAUUUGUAUUGGUUGUUGGUUAAAUAUUUUUCAUGUCCUAAGCAAGCAUAUUGUAUGCUGUUGAGGACUGUUGAGAGAUGAAAUUGACUGGUCUUCACUGAUAAAUAGCAGACUGUUUAAGGUUAUUUUUGUUAUGUAAACACUUGUCUCCCGCACAGGAAUGACUAACUCGAUUUAGUGAUGGGCCUAUUGCUUUCAAAAUGUCCUUGAAAUAGGGUUGAAUGUUGAUGUUGAAUCCACCCUGUAUAAUGAAAGCCAACGGAUUGCCCAUGUCCAGUCCAGUAGUUGGGGCCUACUGAAUCCCCCUCCCCCACCAGUUGCAUCAUCAUAGUUGCAUCGCUCUCAACUUUUCCAGUCCAUAGAGACAAACAGUGAAGCUCAAAGUGUAGACACUACACACACAUGGAAAUGUCAUACCUAUAUUGAAAUCGUGUUCACAGAGAAACUUGCUAUUACUGAUUGCUGUCCCAUAUACUAACUGCCAUAUAAUUUGUUUACCACAGACCACACCCACCUUAUCCCUGACCCCCUCACGAUAACUCAGCUUGUUUUGACACAGAAAAAACACACAGCCCUUACACCCUAGCAGUCCUAUCUCCAGCAUACAGUCAGUAGGCCUAUGCCAAUGUGAUCAAUCUAAGAAAAACUUGAUCUUGCCCUCUGACUCUCAGCAGACACUAGGUCCUUCAUGUCACCCACAAUAACAGCCAACCGUCAACCCAGUCACCCAAACACAACACUCAUAACUUAUCAGAAUGUUACAGCAGAGCAGCCUACAUUGUGUCAUGGUUUUUGGGUGAACGGUGGUGUGAUUAAUGUUUAACGAGUUCAGACAAACGCAGCUCUUAGAUAUUGUCACAGGAUAGGAUAACAACAGCUGAUUGGCCCUGAGGUUAACUGUGUUAUCUCCACUGUCAAGACAAACGUACAGAAACACAAGGAAACGCCAUAAUUAGCGACUGAAACCUACAAAUUGGAUUACUCAAGUCAGAACAUGAGGGAUGUGACUCCCAUGGGCUAUUCAAGUUAUCAAUGUAAAAUGUGUAAACGGGUACACCUGAGGCUCGCAAUGUUACCUCUACCAUGAAAAAGGAAUUAUCAAAAUUCCCAAACUGGCAGUCGCGGUUGUUAAUGCCAUUUUAUUCCAUUGUACUUUUCCCAAGACAAAAAGCUUUGAUCCCGUAUUAUUAUUGUCGGGUGGUGGCAUCUAGGAAUGUGAUGUUUACCACCCAGGAACCCUCCAUCUGUCCCAUACUGGGAGUCCAAACAUGAUCUACACGGAUGAGACCAGAGUGUGGCUUGAACAGCAUUUUGAUGUCCUGUCUAUCUGUCCUCUGUUUGUCACAGGCGUGAGGAUGGUGAGCUGGAAGAGGGGGAGCUGGAGGAUGAUGGUGGAGAGGUGGAGGUGGCAGAGGAGCCCAGCGCUGGAGGAGGAGGAGGAGGAGAAGAAGAAGAUGGAGGUGAAGGUGAAGCAGUAGCAGCAGCAGAGGCGGCCCCCCCAGAGAAAACUCACCGCAGCAAAGAGCGCCACGCCAGCGCCGAUGAGAAGGACGACGAGAAGGCCCGCCGCCACAAGAGGAAGAGGAGAAAAGAGAGGGAGCGGGAGAAGGAGAAGAGGAGAGCCAAGAAGAGACGCAAAUCCAAGCACAAAGUAAGAGUGUGUGUAUUCCACAUCCAGCUCAACUCAGGCUUUCAUCGUCCUAUACAGACCCUUCAGAUCAGGGAUGUUAUUGCUUUCUUACAGUAGUCUAAAGAUGGUUCUUAGUGCUUUGUCACUAAACGUAUCUCUCUUUCUGUGUGUGGUGUUAAAGCGUCAUGCCUCCUCCAGUGAUGACCACUCAGACUUUAGCGAUGACUCUGACUACAGCCCAAGUGAGAAGAGGAAGUAUCGGGACUACAGCCCUACGUACCCCCCUUCUGUAAGUUACCCCAUGGCAGUACUCUAAAUCACAUGAUUGAAGAUACUUGCUGCAGAGUUGCUAGUCUGUUUGCUACCAUGUAAUUACAGUGGUCUAACAAUGAUUGUUUGUUUGUUUCCUACCCAGUCCCUUGGAGGUUACCCACCAGCCCCGUCCUCCGGCCACGGUGGCCCCAUGCCUAAGAAGGGCAGCUACGUAAAGAUGGACAAGCAAGGCUACGGGGGCUACGGCGAUUACGAAGAGGAGAACUACGAGGGAGAGGAGGAUGAGGAGAUGGGGGAUGAAGACUACGAUGACUUCACCAAGGAGCUCAACCAAUACCGCAAGGCCAAAGAGGGAGGCAGCGGCGAUGGAGGUGGAAGGGGCAACAGUCGCGGGGGCAGAGGUAGCAAAAAUGGGGUCAGAGGUGAAUUGAACGACCUUUACUAGUUUGCUUGCAGGUCCCCGCGUGCUGUGGAGAUGCUGACACAAGGUAUUGACAGUGUUUCAUUUUCUUUCUCCACAGGAGGUAAAGGUCGUAUGAAGAACCAGCGAGGUCGAGGAGGCAUGAGAGGAGGAGGGCGUAGAGGAAGAGGAGGCAGCAGGGGUCGGGGACGAGGGGGCAAGAUGGGUGGAGACAACGAGGACGGAGAAGGGAUGAUGUACGGAGGAGGAGGAGUAGGAGGAGGAGGAGACGAGAUGGAGGUCAGUCAAAGACGGUCAUCCUCUGGCGCCAGAUGCACAAACAAUGUGAAAUGAUCUAUCAAUGAUACUGGUGUGCUCGCUAAAGCAGCAAAGUGUUGGAAAUCUCAGGAAAGUAUAUUGUGUUUUGUUUCUGAAUUGUUCCUCAUCCAGUUUAUGUUGUGUUCUAGUAUGGAGAUGACGACUAUGACCACAUGGGUGAAGAUGACUAUGAUGAAUACUCUCAGUACAGGAAGUCCAAAGACCGUGGAAGGGGUGAGUUGGCUGUCAGCAUGUGAAGGAUUACCACUAUUAUUCAUACAACACAAUACUUAGUCAUGCUACUGUAAUACAGACAUACUAGGUUAGCUGUUCUGAUGUCCUUCCUAAGUAAACAUGCUUUGCACCCGAUCCAAAAUGGUUGCCUGUCUUGUUCCAUUGUAGCCCACUGAUGAAGUGUCUCUCUCCCUGCUCCAACCAGGUGGUAAAGGUGGGCGGGGGCGGGGCCGUGGGAAACAGGGGCGUGGUAUGAAUCGGGGAGGCCGAGGGCGGAACCGAGGGAGAGGCCGAGGGGGCGGAGACCAGGGUCACGAUGAGGACAACAAUGGAGACAUGGGGGACAUGGGGGUGAGAAUAAAACCAACUACAACACCUUACAGACCUGCUCACUCCUCUGAAUGAAUUCUCAACCUGUACAAGUUGGAUUUCUGAUAACACUCUAAAACUAGUAAUGCUUGGAAGACCUCACCGCAAGGCAAAAUAGAACCUGUUUGUGUUGUGGUGCAGGAUGGAGGAGGAGGCCAGCACAACAAGCAGCAGGGGGACAAGCACCAAGACAAGAAAGGGAAAGCUAUCUGCAAGUACUACAUCGAGGGCCGCUGUACUUGGGUAAGAAGGAAAUCAUGAAAUUUAAGCUGAGAUAAUGUUCUUGCCAGGCAUUCUCAAUAGAAUGUCAAAUCAUUCUUCUAACAUAUGUUACCGUCAACUGCUUUAAACAAUCUUGUCCAAAUAUGUUGUGAUUUUGAUUGUUUUAUCUCUUUGCCAACUUUCCAGGGGGAACACUGCAACUUCAGCCACGACAUUGAGCUGCCCAAGAAGAAAGAACUCUGCAAGUUCUACAUCACCGGCUUCUGCGCGCGGGCUGAAAACUGCCCCUACAUGCAUGAUAUCCUUUACCUGCUGUCCACUUUGUAUCAGAUAGGACAUUUCAUACAUUCCCUUUUGUGUGUGUUUACAGCUAGCAUAACUAGAACUGCCAUACUAGUUGUCAAGUUUAGUAUAGCCUAUAUCAGUGCUACCCCCGGCCGCUUUUUGAAUAUCGGGCCUAUAUGGCCAUGAGACAGUCUUUGAGUGAGUUCAGUCCAUCCAGGCCAUCCAUAGUUCCUUAACUCGCCAGCACGUGAUUUCCCCUGCAAGCUAUUCCACACCACCGGGAGCUGUGUGAAUGGAGACGAAUGCAUGUUCUCCCACGAGCCUCUGACCGACGACACCCAAGACCUGCUAAACAAGGUGAGCCAUCUUUAAGUGGAUUUAGAUACCACCUCUCUCUGUUUCUUUAACACUCUCACACUUUCACUCACUCUCCUCUCAUUUCUGGUGUUUAUUGCUCUCUCUGUUAGUCUGUUAACCCCUUUUGACCACCUUUUCAUCUCUUGUGUUCGUAGAUGCUGGCGGAGGAUGCCGAGGCUGGAGCUGAGGAUGAGAAGGAGGUGGAGGAGCUAAAGAAGCAGGGGAUCAACCCCCUUCCUAAGCCUCCUCCUGGGGUGGGCCUUCUCCCGACACCUCCCAGACCAGGGCCGCCCGACAACUCCGGCCCUGGGGACUUUGGACCUCCUGGACCACCACAGGGCCCCAUGUCCCCCAACGGCCUCCCCGGCCCAGGGCCUACCCAAGGUCCCGGUCCCUGUCCUGGCCCCCCUUCCCCCUACCCAGACAGUGGCCCCUACCAGGGCCCUCCCAACCCCAAUGGUCCCCCACCCCCAUCCAUGGGCCCCCCACCCCACUGUCCCGGCAAUGGCGGGAAGAAGAUCCCCUCGCUGUUUGAGAUCAAGGUACAGCCCACGGGACAGCUAGCUCAGAAACUAGCUAAUCACAGGUGAGCUUUUCACAUCCUUCCAAACCUAUUUAUGUGGCUUUUAGAGUUUGAGUAUGUACUAGGAACAUGGUAUAACUCAACGAUCCUUCUCUCUACAGAGGCCAGACCCCAGGAACUGCCACAGGCCAAGCUGGCGCCACUGGCCCCCAAGGGCUCCCCGGUGGGCCUGGUGGGCCUCCGCCUCGGUUCCCUCCACCUGGCAUGAUGCCCCCAGACAUGUCAAUGGGUCCUCCCCCACCCAUGGGCCCCGGAGGACCCCCCAUGAUGCCAGGCUUUGGCCCAGAAGGGGGGCCCAUGAUGCCCCCCGGACCUCCUCCGGGGGGUAACUUCUUUGACAACUUCUUCAACCAGCAGCAAGACAUGAAUAUGGACGGGGUGGUGGAGGAAGGUGAGCUGAGCGGAUAUCGUAUCACAUCAUGAACGAAGCAUACAAUCACUGUUCGCAUCAGAGACUAAUGCUGGCCCCUCCAAUAUAAUUUCAGAUUGAAUCUAAACCUGUGCUGUAAUGUGUUAUAGAGUGUUGUAGUUAUCAACCCUCCUCCUGUACCUUCCAGGUGAUGACUUCCAGGGCUUUGGAGGGAUGGACGAGAAAGAAGGAAGAGGAUCGGGAGGAAACCAGAGCUCCAUGGGAGGCCCGGACAUCCCUGCAAACGGAGGCUCGGCCAAUCAGCAGGCAGGGAUGGGCAUGCCCGACUUCCUGCCGCCGGCCCAGCGCAUGUUGUUCAUGAGAAUCCAGCAGAAACAGCAGGAGGACGAGGAGAGGUCCAGGCUGGCCAAGGGGGGAGGAGAGAGGGACGCGGAAGGUACGCUCUAUACACACACACACACUGUAGUCCAGGGGUGGGCAACAUACGUUGAAUUUUUCAUCAAUGCGUUUUUUUAUAUAUAUAAAAUCCAAAAAUUCUAAAUGAUCCUUGGUAUGACCCCCCUGUAGCGGUACACUGGAGGCAGCAGCAUAGACCGCUGCACCACUCUAGGCCACCCACUCUUGAAUGUCUAAAACUAGAUAGAAAGUACAGUAUGUCGGAAUUAUAAUGGGACCUAUAUGUUUUCAAAUAACUGCAAUUUUUCUGGGCUGCAAAUUGCUUUUGACGAACAAAUCUGUCCGAAAACAAAUCUGUGCGGCCCGCCGAUGAAUUUUGAAAUCCCGAUGUGACCCUCGAGCCGAAGUUAUUGCACACCCCUGCUGUAGACACUGUAUUGAUGUCUAUUCUGCUUAGACGCUAAUAUAAUGACAAGCCAGCACAUACAAUAACAUAAACACUUCUACUGGGCCUGGUAAACCUGGCACGCACCACCAUGGGAAAUUACUGCAGGCACCAUCUCAAUUCUCCAUAGACAAAACAAACAAUUCCCACUGACACAGUAUAAACAGUGCAUUGGCAGGGCAAACAAUGGAGGACUAUGCUAUAUUCAUACAGACACCAUAUAAAUACUGGCUAGAUGUCGCACUCCCCCGUAUAGGCUACAUAAAGCACAUCAAAUAGGUUGAGUCGAGGGCAUAUGCUACGUCCCUGGCUGGGCCCUGGUCAAAGGUAGUGCACUAUAAAGGGAAUAGGGUGCCAUUUAGGACGCAGAUAAAGCUGAUGGUAUGAUUAAUAAAUUAAAUGAUUUUAGCCCCGAAAAGUGCUUGCCUGUGGAAAAUGUACAGUGUUCCUGUCUCCUUUUGUUUGGUUAGAAAUGUAUAUGUGUCCCGAGGAGGCAGGAAAUGGCUGUAUGACACCGUUGACCCCCACUGUAACCCCUCAGCAGAGUCAACAUCCUCUGGGCUCUGGUUGCGUAAUAAAGUCCCAUGGAUCAGAUUAGUGACUCCAAUGGGCCUCUACACCCUCACUAGGUGGAGCUGUUGGUGUGUGAGAUACUUUACUAAUUAUGUUGGGCUCUGACAUUGAUUUAGGUCAGGGUUCCCCAACUGGCGGCCCGCGGGCCGAAUUUAGCCCGUGGGUGGUUUUAUUUGGCCCCUAAGUUUUCUGAGCAAAAAAAAAAUGGGGGGGGAUUUUCAUUGUUGGAAAUAAAAGACUGUAAAAACACUAGGAAAUCAGUUUUCGGUGGUUGUGGUUUUUGAACUAGUUGUGGUUUCUAAACUGGUUGUCAUCACUGAUUCCUGUUGCUUUAUCUCCUAGGUGACUCCGCUAACUGGUACUCCAGUGAGGAUGAGGAUGGAGGCGGCAGUGUCACAUCCAUCCUGAAGACGCUCCGCCAGCAGAGCCAGGGCCCUCCCAAACCUGAGGGCCCCCCCAGCGACCCCCGCCUCCAGAAAGGCUCCCCAGCGCACCCCCCCAUCCGACCAGCGGACCCCCGUCAGGGGGACCCCCGGAUGGCUCGCGACCCCCGCCUCUCCCGGGCCACAGACUCUGCCCAGGCCUUGGACUCUCCCAACCCCUCCUCGGCCUCCACCGUCGCCCCUGCAGACCCCCGCCUGGCACGGCUCGCUGCCGCCACCGCCACUCUCACCCCUAAACCAGACGCCCCCCUGGUGUACAAGCCCCCGCCCCUCACGGCUCCCCCUGCAGAGGAGGAGGAGACGGAGAGGGUUCUGAGGGACAAGCCUGUGCCCAUCCCCCUGGACCCCCUGAUGGGCAUGGCUCUGAGGGACCCACGCUCCCAGCUGAAGCAGUUCAGCCACAUCAAGAAGGACAUUCUCCUGCACAUGCCCCCCUACGCUAAGACAGUGACAUGGAACCCUGAGGACCUCAUCCCCAUCCCCAUCCCUAAACAGGACCUCCUCCCCCUCCCCCCAGGCAUCCCUCCUGUCUCAACCCUGGACGCCCGCCUCUCACGCAGCCAGCAGCGGAUCCACAAGGCCCUCCCCCCUACCCCGCCCGUCCCCCCUCCCUCCUUAGAACCCCCAGCCUCCUCCUCCUCCCUCCCAGACUUUGAGCUGCUCUCUCGCAUCCUCAAGACUGUUAACGCCUCAUCCGGCCCCUCCCAGUCGUCCCCUCCUCUCCCCCUCGUCCCUCCACCAGCCCUGUUGCCGGCGCCUCCUGCUUUGUUGCCCACCCCUGUCGACAAGCCCGUCGAUCCUCGAAUGGCCCGCAAAGCCCCCGCUGACCCACGACUCCAGCCGCAGAAAUCUUCCCUGAAGCAGCCUUCAGAGUCCCCUAUCCCCCCUCUGACGGUCUCCCCGGCAGCACCUCCAUCCACUGCCGGCUCCUCCUCCCCCACCAUCGCCCCCUACGACCCUCGGCUACUGUGUGCAGGUGGGGUGAGCCGUGGAGGGGGAGCGGGUGCAGCUGGUGGCAGCAGUGUGCUAAGUGGUAUCAGUCUAUAUGACCCCCGGACUCCAAGUGCAGGUAAAAUUGAGGGCCCUGGUGCCGCCACAAACACAACCCCCAGCAGCGGCCUCACAGAGCCUAAACCCAGUGAGGCGGCGCCAGCCAAGCCCAAGGCUAAGGAGCCCCUAUUUGUCCGUAAGUCUGCCCUGGACCAGCCGGAGCCAGAGAAAAGCAGCGAGCAGUCCACUGACCGCUACAACAGCUAUAACCGGCCCAGGCCCAAACCUGCACCCUCGCCGUCCACCGGGCCCCCCGGAUGUCCUGCUGCUGCCUCUGGCUCCUCCACGGCCGGACAGGGCCCCCCUGGUGCUGCUGAGCAGACCCCGGCGGGCGUCCACAACCUGCCUGUGUCCUCGCUCUUCAGCAUGGUGAAACAGGCCAGCAAGCCCAGCGGCUCCGGCAGCCCCUUUGGUGGGAACAGCCCUGCCCAGCCUGGCGACACCACCACCACCACGGAGCAGGACAAUGCCUCUCUGAAGGAGGUUUUCAAAGGCUUUGACCCCACGGCAUCACCCUUUUGCCAGUGAUAUCUGAGCAUAUCCACCUGGCUGGUCGAACGUUGUUUUAGACACGCGCACUGAGGCGGAAGCUGGACUGGCCACAGAAGGUGAAUGUUUCAACGUGUUGGUCAGGCGUCACACCUGCAGUGUUUGCUAAUCAGAUUCUAUAACAGACUUUGGGGCCGGGGAGGGAGGGUGUGGGAGGGAUAUGUCGGAGUCUGGGAAAGAGAGACCUCUAUUUUAAAACAAACAGAUGUAUAAAUAAUGUAUUCCCUUUAUGAGAGUCACUCCCUACUUUAAGAGAAAACAAUUGUAGGACAAGAAAAACAUGAGUCCACAGAUUUAAAUGGGCUGUCCUCCUAGUCCUGUUAAUUUUCCUUUGCAUUUGUUUGUAACUCCAGUCUCCAAGCUCCCCCUUUAUCAACCGUUCUGUCCAAAGCCCACCAACCCUUUCACGUCACUAACUUCCACUGUGUCGCCAUCAGAAGAAUUCUUGUCAAUCAUUGUAUAUUUUCUAGUCCAAUCACAGGCAAAGAUAACACAUAGAGAACAUUCACUACCACUCCCUCUGCCUGUAGUGUUAUUACAUAUGAAUACAACUGUUUGCUUGAUUUGAAGUCAUUUCUUUGCGCUGUCCUUCUGUUAACUGCCAGUCUUUCUCUGUCGGCUGUCUUCUUUUUAAAUAUUUGAGCCCUCUGCUCUUUCAGCACUGUGUUAUCUCUAGCCUCUUCUGUCUGUUUGUUGUGUGUCGGGGUGAAGCCUAUGACUAUGUCGGCCAUGUUGGUCCCACCACCCCACACACCCCUGCUUGAGGUUCCACUCGCACCUCUCUGCCACUGAGGCAGAACUGUACAAUUAAAAACCACAACUGUCAUGAGUGUCUGUCUGUCACGUGAGAUAUGAUCAUUUUAAUUUAUUUUUUAUACUUAUAUCUGCCUCUCCUGUCUCCUCCCUAUGUCACAUGACAGUUAAAUUGAAUAAUUUGAUGAGAUUUCCCGCCUGCAUUUAAGUGGGAUGCAGCCUGUAGCCGUGAAAGGAGAGGAGAAACGGACACUGACAUUUUUGUUUUGUUUAAGGUUCAAACAAAUAAAAUAAACUCACUUAAUUCCAUAGCGGUAUGAAAAGUCUGGGGUGACCUGGCUACACAAGCAUCUCGUUUUUUAAAAUUGUUUUGCCCUUUGCAAAAAGUGACUGCUUUGUAAAUUGUACAGUGUCCUGUUUGACGAGAGGUACCAUUUUGUAACCGUUCACUAUAGGGGAGGUUGUGAAGUAUUUAAUAAAGGCGAUAUGUG